AUGUCAUCUUCACAGGCAAUGUCGGCCGAGAAGCCGAUGAAGCAAGACGACAUGAAACGAGCGCUGGCCCUUCUGGAUGAGCAGAUUGGCGAGAGCGAUCUGCUGAUGAGCGUUGCGCCCAUUCGAUUGAUCUCCAUCGGGGGUUCCCUCGCUGUCUGUGUGCUGGGCAACCGUGAAUCCUCCUACGACAUCGACUGCGUUCUGGAUCCCAAUAUUGCGGCAGCUGCCGAGUACGCAGACGAGUUCAAGAGAGCAGUAGAAAAAGUCGCAACAAAGGGCGACCUUGCGAAUCUCUGGCUGAACCGCCAGCUGGAGACGUUCAUCUCGCGCACCAAGCGCGCCAAUCUUUUCAUGGAGUCAGUUCAGCAAGGGAUUCCCAUCUAUUCGGGCACUAAUCUUACUAUUUACGCCGGGCGAUUGGACUGGGCUUUGGAACGAAAGUUACGGCGAGUUGCGCAUGCCAAGGACCGCCGUAAACAGAAGGAUGUCGAUAUCCCUGAUGCUGCGGCCCUGAUCCGUCGCAUGGUAAGCGAUUCGGGCCGGCCGUUAACUUUCGAGUAUACCUCUAGCCUCAACUACAACGGCUUUGAUGUGCCUCCGACAAAAGGAGCUCUACAAGAGGUCGCUCAGUACUAUGCUGGUGUGUACGGGGAUGUCGGUCUUGUCGAGUUAGUGUGGGAUGAUGAUCACCAGAAGAACAAAUACAGGGGCCUUGAUGACCAGUGGGUAUGGUAUGAGUAG